UCAAUGAUAAAAUAAGUUGUCACACACUCCAUGGAAACUUUCAGAGAAUCCACAAAUAGUGGCUUUCAAUUUCAUCUGAUAAUAUUAGAACAUGUCAGUAAUGUCUGAGGAGCUUUUAUAAACACUGGAUAACUAACAAUACUGGAGAGGGUAACAAUUACACAGAGGCUUCUGGGGAGCCCAGUUAUGGGGUGGGUGGGGGGGGGGUCAUUUUGCCUUGGCCCCCAAAAUGUCUUGAAACGGCCCUGGGUGUGUGACUGAGUUUUGAAGGUGAUUUGAAUUGUAUCAGAUGUAUAACUAUGACAUGUGUAUAACUUAUUGUUUUAUACUGGUAAAAACUUGUAGUGGAGAUAAAUCUACCUACAUUUUACUUUACACUUAGUUUUGUUUUCUUGUUUUUAUUGAACUAUUUCCUGUCCUGUCUGUCUCUCGUCUUCCUGCGUCUCCUCUAAACUCUCCAGAAAAAACUGCUGCCAGGAUUCUUACUUUUUCACCUCAUCAGUUACUUUUGAGCAGAUCAAAUGGAUCUCCUGACCGCAAAGCGGAGUGCGCCUUUCGAUGCUGCGUCAGUGAGGUGAAAUCACCGCAGCACCGCGCAGCACAGGUGAUGAGCUGCGCAGCAGCAGAGCGCUUCAGGCACAAAUAAGACAGAAAAUAGAGAAUAUGUGCGGACAUGAACGAUCGUGUGCUAAUUAUAGUUUUUUGGUUGCGCCACUUUGAGAAUGGACCGUGCGCUGGACGCAGCUGCCUGGAUCGCUGCGCAAUAACGCGCUGUGCCGCUCUUUGUGCUCUCUGCUCAGAAGAGUCCAUAAAUGAUGUAAUAUAGAUAGAAAACUUGUUUCCGGCUCCCCUGGAUGUGUAAGAUAUACAGCUCCCCCAUAAUUCGAUCCCUGCUCCUGGAUGAAAAGCCGGACAUUUUCAUCAAUACAAGAACCCGCAGUCCGGACGCCCGGACAGAGAGUGAAAAGUGGACAUGUCCGGGGAAAACCGGACAUACGGUCACCCUAGUUUAAUAUAAUGCGGGAGAUUACAGACAUGCCUACAGUAUUUUGCUCGUGCGCUUGCUGGCCUGGGCCCCUUAGAGUUCGUGGGCCCUGGUCAAUUGCCCAGUUGCCCAUAUGGUUAAUCCGGCCUUGGCUGCAUCUGUUUCCAACGCUUUCCUCUUUUUAAUUCUUGCCUUCUCCGCGCCACCCUUGCUCUUUCUACUUUCCAUCUUUCCGUCAACUGCGUGGUCACGUGGUGCGCACAGGCGCAUACUGGGGAAAAAAAACGAGCUGCAGCCUGCAGGUAGAGCCAGCCAGAGACAGCCGGGAGGAGCGUAUGUGAUCAGCCCGGCGGCCUCAGUGCCAUGACUGAACACCGGCACCAAAAAAUAAAAAUAAAAUGAUAAAAAACAAAAACGAGAGCACCGGCCCCAUGCGGCCCAAACAUCGCGCGGCCCACCGGGAAUUCUCCAGACCCUCCCGAUUAGCCACUCCGGGCCUGGUUUACACACAUGUAAAAAAUGCCACACACUCAAAGGUUCAACGGGAUGGAUCAAUCUGCACAAAAAUGAGACAUCUUUUGAAGUCUUGCUAAUUAUUUCACCAUGGUAAAUCAGAUCACGUGUAAAAAUAACAGCACACCUCCCGCGGCCGAGCCGCUCGUUACGUAUAAUAUGUGGGGGUGCACGUUGCCGUUCGAGCCGCCUUAACAUCCGCGGAAGAAUAAUAGUAAAGUAAUUACAUUUUAUUUAUUUAGCACUCAUCACAGACACCGAAUCACAAAGUGCUUCACGUAGAUCAACAACAAAACAAAUCAAUACAAAAUGGAUCUUGGACGUGUGGGAGGGGUAGGAAACGACUGCUGGUUGUUUUUAAUAUUGUAAAGCGUUUUGAGCUGCACUUGUAUGAAAAGCGCUUCAUAAAUAACAUUUAAUUUGAUUUGAUGAAGUCAUAAAAUCAUAAUGAUCUUCAACAAAACAAAUAAAUUUAAAUCAUAAAAACAAAGUCAUAAAAUUGCAAAUGAUCAUAAAACCAAUGAAAGAUUAUUACAAAUUUGAGUUAAAAAUAGGAAAAAAUAUUUUGGUAAAAGCAGCUUUAAAUAAAAGGGUCUUCAGCUGUUUUUUAAAGACUGUCAGUACUACAUAAGGUUAAAGGAAGUUCAUUCCAAAGCCAGGGUGCAACAACCUGGAAGGAGCGAUCUCCUUGACUUUUAAAUCUGGUCUUUGGAACUUCCUGGGUCGGAUCAGAAGAAACAAAAAGGACAUAAUCCUCGGGUGGAGAGCAAAGCAGCGUCAGCGUCGUCGUUGCCCUUUUAGAACUUUGCUUUAUGACAUCAUCAUAAUCAUCUUCAUCAUCAUCAUCAUCAUUCAGUUCUCAGUGACGCACCGUCAGAGACAGCCGUGUUUGCUCGUUGUUCGAUAGUUUUUCAACUUAUCGUCUACGUGUUAUUUAGCAUCAUGGGAGACUCUUUUGCUCACAAGAGUUACUCUCAAGCUCUGGUUAAAGAUUCAGAGACUUAUAUUAGCAUGGAACAACCGCAUUUGUCAGAGAAUCGUGGUUUAGUUUCAGCAACCAAACGGAAAGCCGUUUCAGACCCUGGACCUCUCACAAAAAGGUUUAAGGUUUCUGAUGAAGGCAAACUCUCUGAAAACAACCAGAACAUUAUACAAAUUGACAAAUUCACAAAGAAAUCAAUUUCCUUUGAUGGUGAGGGAUCUGAAAAUCCAGACAAGGAAUACAGAUAUUUGGUUCCUGAGAAAGGAUCGUCUUCUGCCAAAAGGAAAGCUGUUUUUCAUCACGAACCUCCCACAAAACGGUCUAGGGUUUCAAGUAAAGGCAGUGUCUCCAGAGUUAACCUAGAUGAGACAUCCAGAGCCUCAAAGAGGUCACACUCACCAGAUGGCGUGGGAUCUGGAAAUCCAGACAAGGAAUGCAGAUAUUUGGUUCCUGAGAAAGGAUCGUCUUCUGCCAAAAGGAAAGCUGUUUUUCAUCACGAACCUCCCACAAAACGGUCUAGGGUUUCAAGUAAAGGCAGUGUCUCCAGAGUUAACCUAGAUGAGACAUCCAGAGCCUCAAAGAGGUCACACUCACCAGAUGACGUGGGAUCUGGAAGUCCAGCAAAGAGAAUCAGACAGUUUGAUUCUGUGAGUCCCUCGUCUUCAGCCAAAGAUCAGUUUGAGGCAAAAUACGAGCAAAAAGAUCAGCUCGGAAAGGGUGGCUGUGGAUCUGUUUAUGGUGGCUACCGCAGGGCAGACAAUUUACCUGUGGCAAUCAAACAUAUACCAAAAGAAAAUGUAGUCUGGACAGAUAUGGACGAGAAUGGCCAGCAACUCACCAUUGAGGUAGCCGCCAUGCUAAAACUCCAGACAGAAUUAGCUGAUUCGGUGGGGAAGUCCGCCCCAAUUUCCCUCCUGGACUGGUAUGACUUCAACCAGGAACAAAUUCUGGUGUUGGAGAGACCAGUGCCUGCAGUGGACCUCUCACAGUUUAUUAAAAAUAACAAAGAGCCCCUACAGGAGAAUACGGCUAAAACAAUUAUUAAACAGCUGGUUGAUGCCGUCAAACAUCUGGAGGACACCAACAUCUUCCACAGAGAUAUCAAACCACAAAAUAUUCUGAUUGAAACAGGAUCAGAAAUCCCGCGACUGCGACUGAUUGACUUUGGACUGAGUUGUUUCACCGACACAGAACAUAAAGACGGCUGGUUCUACGGCACACCGAAACACGUCCCUCCUGAGUUUAUUUCCAAAGGCAUUUAUGAGGCAGGACCAGCAACCGUGUGGCAGGUGGGAAUUGUUCUCUAUGAAAUGCUCCACGAAAGUUUGUUUGACUCAAAAAAGUUUUUCAAUAACGAACUCGGAAUCAGGACGGAUCUCUCUCCAUACUGUACCAACUUCCUAGAGAGCUGUUUAAUUAUGAGCCCAGGGUGGCGUCCCACCUUAAAGCAGCUCCAGCAUCACCCUUGGCUUUGGUAAAACAGAAACUAAAGUCUUUAAAGCUCUGGACCCAAUUCAACUGGCACAAAGCUAGAUCCCUCCUAACUCAGACACCCCUCAACCCCUAACAGAGUCACCUAUCAUCUCCUACAUUUCCCUCAUCCCACUGCAGGACUGAGCCCAAAAAAAGGCCCUGGCAGUCCACCAUAACUGUUUAUAUGAUAGGAUAUGCAAAGGCACACAACACACCAGAGAAUCAGCAUGUUGUGUUAGUAACCAGAAAGAGGAAAAUAAACAGCUGGAUCAAGAAAAAACUGUCAAACCAGACCCAGAGAAGAAAGUUGAGGUGAUUCAUGCACCCCUCCCUCUGGAAAACCCGCAGAAACGUCAGACAACGAAGGGAACAUCCUUCAAAAGGAAACAGGAGAGAGAAAGUUAGUCACAGAGAAAAUGUUAGAAAAAAUAUAAAUUCUCAAGCAGCAGGUGGAAAAAGCCGGAAACCAAAAUCCAAAUGGAAAAUGUUAGAAUGGUUUAGUUCCAUUAUGCAGAUUUCAGCCUGAGACAGGCUGUUAUUUGUUGCUUUAGUGUAGCUUUAUCUGCUAUUAGAUAUUAUUACUUAUAAUAAAUUAUAAACCCUAGUUAGGAAGUAUGAAUCACGUCCACACACAUCCCCACGUGUCCCUAAAUCUGUAAAAAAAAGGCAACACAAGGAUGAUGUCACAGAAAACCCUCGUGGAAAUCCUUUCUGUGUGUCCUUGUGCUGCGGGGGGGUUUUCUCUGGGAGCUCCAGUUCACCCCCCACCCAGGAAUAUUCUAGUCCAACUUAUCGUCUAUGACUUAUUUAGCAUUAUGGGCGACUCUUUUGCACACAAGAGUUACUCUCGAGCUCUGGUUAAAGAUUCAGAGACUUAUAUUAGCAUGUAACCACCGCAAAAUUACAAAUGAUCAUAAAACCAAUGAAAGAUGAUUACAAAUUUGAGUUAAAAAUAGGAAAACAAAAGAUUUUGGUAAAAGCAGCUUUAAAUAAAAGGGUCUUCUGUCACGGUCUGGGGUUUUUUCACACACUAAUUGGUGUAGAGUCUCAUCUCUCCUCUGCAGGUGGGCGUGCCUGGAAGUUGGGAGGCUGCAGGUAAUCUGCUGAUUAGCUGGCCAGGGAUAUUUAAGCUCCUGAGAGACGCCUUCACUUCGCUGGAUGAUUAACUCAACUUGGAUAUCACCUAUCAGUUCACCUCGUUUGCUGCUACCAACCUGGUUUCUUCACUGUCCACUCGUCUCUCAGCGUCCUCCUCUGGUCUUCCCACUCCAGGCUGCCCACCCUCCCUCCUGGAUCACCAUUACCCUUCAUGCUCAGCUCCCUCCUCAUUUGGACUCCAAGCUCAUCAGCCUCCAGUAAGCCUCCUGCCCUCCCCAGACCGGUCACUCCUCCCUCUCUCACGAGGUCUCACCUCCAACCUGUAAGUUCCAUCAGAUCCAACAUUCAGAUUUCCGAGUGCCAGACCUAACUCUCCCUGUUCCUCCAGGAUUCUCCACACCCGAACCUCGCUUCUCUGCCGAAUACUGCUAGACUUCCUAGCAGCUCCUUCUGUUCUCCUUUUCUAAUAAAUUAUUGUUUGCGA